UUAUCUUCGAAGUUCAAAGUGUAGGACGAGAAAGUAGACACAGCCAUGUCCACUACUGGUACUGUUCUGGCUUCCACUCCAACACAAAGGCUAUUAGGCAAAGUGGCAUUGGUUACUGGUGGAGCGUCUGGAAUUGGAGAAAGCAUUGUGCGCCUCUUCCAUAUCCAUGGUGCUAAAAUAUGUAUAGCUGAUGUGCAAGACAACCUUGGAAAGCAGGUCUGUCAGUCUCUUGGUGAUGAAGCAAAUGUUGUUUUUGUCCAUUGUGAUGUUACAGUAGAGGAUGAUGUUUCCCAUGCAGUGGACUUCACUGUGGGUAAAUUUGGCACCCUUCACAUCAUAGUCAACAAUGCCGGAAUUUCUGGAUCACCUUGUUCCGAUAUCCGCAAUGCAGACUUAUCAGAAUUCGAUAAGGUGUUUAGUGUAAAUACGAAGGGAGUGUUCCACGGGAUGAAACACGCUGCUCGAAUUAUGAUCCCGAAGAAGAAGGGCUCAAUCAUUUCUUUAUGCAGUGUAGCAAGUGCCAUAGGUGGCUUAGGACCGCAUGCAUACACAGGGUCCAAGUAUGCUGUAUUGGGGCUCACAAAGAAUGUUGCAGCUGAAUUGGGGAAACAUGCUAUAAGAGUGAACUGUGUGUCACCUUAUGGUGUUGCAACAGGUUUGGCCUUGGCUCAUUUGCCUGAGGAUGAGAGAACUGAUGAUGCCUUGGUCGGUUUUCGUGAUUUUACUGGGAGAAUGGCCAACUUGCAGGGGGUAGAAUUAACUACUCACGAUGUGGCUAAUGCUGUGCUCUUCCUUGCAAGUGAUGAUGCUAAAUAUAUAAGUGGAGAGAAUCUCAUGGUUGAUGGAGGCUUCACAAGUGCAAAUCACUCACUCCAAGUUUUUAGAUGAUUAAUGGUAUUUCAUUGUUUGUUAGUUUACAUAAUUUGAGGCAUUGCAAUCCUGAUGUCUAGUACAAGGGUUUUCAGUUAACAUACAAAACAAAAUGAAAAUGCUCCUCUAAACUAGUCUUUUUUAAUUUAUCCUUAAAUUUUAGAUGGUUAGAUCAUAUUACACUUUAAAUUAAAUUCGUGUGAAACUUAUCUCCUUUCAACCAAGGGAACAAACUGUCUUAUUCUUCUCACCCGGUCAACUCUCAGCUUGGCUAAUGCAAAUUUAUAGUUGUCUUGUCCAAA